UAACCUCCCGUGUUCUUUACACUUUAAUAAUCUUUAAGUAGAGAUUUGAUGAGGCGUGUUGACAAUUGAUAAGAGAUACCUUGUUGAUAACACACACUUCAGUACACAUCAUUAGUAAAGAAGAACACAUCGGUGGCGAUGCGAAUAAGAAAAUAAAAAGAUUCAAAUUAUUUUCCAACCUUUACUACCAGCAGUAUGGAGAAAUUUACAUUAGGACAGGAAAAGAUGCGACCGCCUGCGGUAGACCCAUACAGUUCAAAAAUCGAACUGGCUUGCAAUGGCUCCCGAGAAGAUUUAGAUCCAUACGAACCAGCCAAACACAGACCAGUUGAGACCAGUACUUCAAGUCUGGGAGCGCUGGCACAUCUACUAAAAGCCUCUCUGGGGUCCGGAGUGCUGGCGAUGCCUCUCGCAUUCAAAAACGCCGGUCUAUUGGUCGGAAGCAUCGGUACUAUUGUAAUUGGAUUCAUUUGUGCACACACCAUACACAUUUUGGUCAAGACGUCGCAACAACUUUGCGCUGAGGUCAAAAAACCUUGUUUGGGCUAUGCAGAUACGUGUGACCUUGUAUUUCAAAACGGACCCAAAUCAGUGCGAAGAUUGGCACCAUUUGUUCGGGAGCUGGCAGAUUGGGCUUUAGCGGUGACUCACAUUGGCGCCUGUUGUGUCUAUAUCGUUGUUGUAGCCGAAUCGUUUAAACAGGUUUCGGACUACUACGGCGGUCCAUCAUGGUCUGUGACUAUAUACUGCGGCUUGACGCUCGUGAUCCUCCUUCCCUUGACCCAGAUCACAAAGCUGAAGUACCUGGUGCCCUUCUCUGCCCUCGCGAACUUCGUCUGGCUAGCUUCUAUAUGUAUCUCUGUAUAUUACUGCCUGAGAGAUCCCCCUCCAGUUUCUAGUAGAAGCCUUGCAACAUCCAUAUCGGGCAUUCCUAGCUUUAUAAGCACGAGUCUGUUUGCUAUGGAGGGGAUUGGCGUUGUGAUGCCAAUAGAGAAUGAGAUGAUAAAACCACAUAAGUUUCUGGGUUGUCCUGGAGUUCUUAAUACAGCGAUGACUGCUGUCGUCGCGUUGUACGGCUUUGUGGGCUUCAGUGGCUACCUGAGCUUCGGAGAGGACGUCAGAGGAAGUCUCACACUCAACUUACCUCGUGAUGAAAUAUUGGCCCAAGCAGCUAAGUUAUUGGUGGCCUGUGUCAUGAUACUCUCAUACGCGCUCAUCUUCUACGUGCCGGUGGAUGUCGCGUGGAGAAGAAUCAGCGACAGAAUCCCUUCGAGCUCACACCGGUGGGCAUUGGCUCUCUUGAGAUUUAUUGGAUGUCUAUUAACUGUUGGUCUGGCGUCCGCAAUACCAAAAUUAGAACUCUUCAUGGAGCUGGUGGGGGCUAUCUGUUUGUCCGUCAUGGGGCUCACGUUACCAGCAGUCAUAGAGACCGUAUGGAAAUGGGACAAGGACCUAGGACGUUAUAAUGUGGUCUUGAUUAAGAACUUAAUAAUUGUUAUCUUCUCGUUAAUAGCCAUGGUGUCUGGUGUGACGUUCGCGAUAAUGACGCUUUUGGAAAACUUGUGAUAUUUAGAUUGUAGUUGACUUGUAUAUAAUAAAAUAUUUAUAAGAUAUACCGCUA